UGCUGUACUCUUUGGGCUGAAGUCAUGUCCAAAGAGUAUAAUUUCAAUCGACAAGAGAUUGAAGUGAAUGCUAUUAGAGAGCUCUCAAAGCAAGAUAUCGUUGACUUCUUGAAGAAACAUCUGUCCAAAGCCUCUCCCGAUCGCCGCAAACUGACUGUCAGUAUCGCAACUGAGACCCCAAUCAAUGAAAAGGAUGUGAAAGAUGUCAACACCGAUGAUAUGCCCGCACCGACUGAAAUACCGGAAUCGACACGAAUUAAAAACAUACCGGGAUUUAAGACCCAAUUCGGAUACUAUUCCCGUCCCAAACCUCUCAUCGAUACCAACGAUUCAGUGGCCGAAAGCAAUGAGAGUAUAGUUAAGCCAAACGAUGAUAAACGCGAUUAUAAGGCAAUCGUAUUAACAAAUGGUCUGAAAGUAUUGCUUAUUAGCGAUAGAGAGACCGAUAAGAGUGCGGCCGCUCUCACUGUUGGCGUCGGCUCUAUGAGUGAUNUCGUAUUAACAAAUGGUCUGAAAGUAUUGCUUAUUAGCGAUAGAGAGACCGAUAAGAGUGCGGCCGCUCUCACUGUUGGCGUCGGCUCUAUGAGUGAUCCCCGGGAUGUCCAGGGAUUGGCUCACUUCGCACAUAAUUUAUUGGCCGAUAUAGAAUAA